CAAAAUUUAUGGACAAUCUUAUAUUUUUUAUUAUUUUUAUAUUUAUUCCAAUAAUUAUUUUGAUUACAUUAUUCAAAACUUUACAAUAUAAGAGAAAUCCUUUGAAAAAAGUGCAAUGUUGGUUUUGUUCCAAAGUACAUUUUGUGUUAAAAGAAUUUAAAAAUUCAUGGGAAUGCCCAUUCUGUGAGCAGUAUAAUGGGUUCAAUGAAGAUGGAGGCUAUAAUAGGCUCAUAAGGGCUCAACAUUAUUCUACCUCGAAUACGCGGAAACGUUACGCCGAAUGUAACGCUUUUAAUAGCGGCGAUAGAUUUUCUAACGGUCUGUGCGAUACUUGUAACGCGAACGAAAACCACAAGAUAUCUUGCUUGAACAAUUUCUCUCCUCGAAAUAAGAGAAAUUACGAAGAUGAGCACGCGACUCUUCGCGACAAUCUGGAACGCGUGUACCCUCUCUGCCGCAAGUGCCAACAUUUUCUGAACAAAAAGAUCAAAGCCGACCAAUCGCUUUUACCUCAUACAGACGAUUCUACGACGCGCAUCGCGGACGGCAGUCCCUUCAAAACGAAUGUUAGGCUAAUAUCCGUCUCUCUCGCGGCCCUUAACUUUAUUCUAUCCGUAUGUUGCCUGGUGCUUGACCAUUCGCACGUCAAUCAUUUACGGUACUUCGAAGUCUUUCCCGCCAACAAACCCACCCUUUGUCGUUACAUAACCAAUAUGGCCUGCCUAUUAUCCGUCGUCAUCCUUUAUCAACGACAAGACACUGGAAAUUGUGGAUGGAGCAAAUUUUUCACCUUACCUUUACCAUUUCUUUGGUUUGGAUCGAUUAUUUACCGUCACACUUAUUCGUAUCAAUUUUGGUGGCAUUAUUGUAUGGACGUGUGUUUGACCAUUUUUUCCGCUCUAAAAUUGUUCAACACUCUUAUGCCCGCUUCGCGGAGAACUACGACACACAAGUUUUACGCCAAUCAAAACGGGCAUUUCCCAAACUCGUUCGAUGGCGGAUACGUUGAGAACGAUUAUAAUAAAAAUGCAAGACCAAAGCCAAAAUACGAUCUGAACAAUAAAUUCGGAUCAUUUAAUAUUUCCCGGCUCGAACCAGCAACGACUAGCAACAUCAAUCCAUCGAAUCAUGUAUACGAUCGUAUUAGAUCUAAGCAAUUGUCUAGCUCAGUCAACAAUGCUACGUUCCAACAUACCCGGCAUCGUACCUCCAAUGAUAUCGCCGAAAACUUUUUUUUGAGAAAACCUAAAUUGAACGUAACUCCCCCUCAAUCACAACGAGUUGUUGGAGGCUGCGAAGAGGAAUACAAAGAUCUGCACAACAGGAAUAGAGCCGUAAGCCAUUCCCUCAUACCCCCUUCACCGUACCCGACUAAUAACGAUGGCACAAUCUUCGCUACAUCUUCUUCCCGCAUUCGAAAUCAAAUAUCUCGCUUUAAUGGCGGAAGUUGUUCAACCGAUGACGCCUUUACCAGCUCCCAAAACCAAUUGUCAUAUUUUAAUCGGUUACCUAAUGAUAGGCAUUAUUGGAUGCUCAUGCAAGCAGCUUAUCAAGCGAAUCCGCAGACCGCUCUUCACCAUUCGAACUAUAAUAUUUUCGUCACUUUCGUAUUGGGCCUAUGUUUAGGAGUUAAUUCUAUAUGCGCUUGGCUUUUUUUCCGACAAAAUAUUGGCCUCUUUUAA